AUGUGGCAUCUUACCCUCAUUGUCCUCUCCUGCUCAGUUGAGGGCAAAAUACCCGCCCACGAAAGACAAACAGUAGACCAAGCCUACAACCCUCAACAGACCUCCAGCUCAGAAUCCACACCAAUACGUACAAGUACACUAGGAAACGUGGUGGCCUACAACCAGCUCAACGCAGCCCAGAACGACAUCUUCCAGCGGCCUGUACCGAACCCUCAGCGGAUCAACCCAAGGUAUAUCGGAUUCCCCUUUCCCGACGAGAAGAAUGAGAACGUCAUAGAUGCAGACCUGGAGAAGAAGACGCAGAUACUCGAUAUCAGGUCAGGAAAUGCUAAGCUCGCUCUUUGUCCACAAGGAGUUUCCCGUUUAUGCUGGUCACGAGUGCCGACGCCUUAUUUCCCCAAACUCUGCGUGGUCGCCAAUGACGGCGGGUGA